AUGAAUAUACCUUCAAACCUCUUGAAUGUGGCUGCUUUAAAAGGGGUCUUUAGUUAUCAUCCUAAGUGCAAGAGGAUUGGACUCACUCACCUUUGCUUUGCAGAUAACCUGCUUAUUUUCUGCAAGGGUUCCAUUAAUUCUGUCAUGGGGGUACAGGCUGUCCUAGAUCACUUCUACUCCAUGUCAGGUUUGAAGUUGAAUGCCAGCAAGUGUGAGAUGUAUGUUGCUGGUAUUCCUGCCGAACAGAGCAUCGUCAUCAAAGAAAUCAUUGGCUUCAAUUUGGGUAGCCUCCCAUUCAGAUAUCUGGGAGUUCCACUGGUUACCAGGAAAUUAGCUGUGAAGAUUGGGUCUGAUGUGCCUGCUAAAGGUGCAAGAGUUAGUUGGAAGAUAAUUUGCCUAGUGAAAUCUGAAGAGGGAUUGGGUUUACAAGAUGUAGGAAGAUGGAAUAAGUCUUGCAUUGUGCAGCUAAUUAGGAAUCUUUUGGCUAAUGAAGGCUCGCUUUGGGUAGCUUGGAUGCACUCCUAUGUGAUUAGAAAUGCUGAUUUUUGGCAGAUGAAAAUCCCUACAAAUGCUAGCUGGAGGUUCAAAUACUUGCUGAAAAUUAGGCCUGAUGUUGCUCACCUUUUCUCGAGUCAGGUUUGUUAUCUAAAUGCGAGGCGUGUCUGGGAUGAUUUGCGCGCUACUGCCCCUAAAGUAUCUUGGCACCACUUGGUCUGGUUCCCUGGGCGCAUUCCUAAAUAUAACAUCAUAGCAUGGAUGACUAUGCUUAAUAGGUUGCCUGCUCGGGCAAGACUCGUGGAAAUGGGCUUAACCAUUGAAACUGACAAAUGCUUACUAUGUGGCAUUGUGGCAGAGACAAGAGAUCACUUAUUCUUUGAAUGUAGCUUUGCUAAAGAGCUAUGA